AUGCACGAUAAAAAGCCUAUUAUGUUCAAAUUACCUCAACUAAGGAGCUUGUUUUAGCACAAUUUAUGGGAUAGAAUGUUAUUGGAAUGAUUAUGCUCUAAUAACAGCAAUUCAGAUGGAAUUCCUUGCUUCUGGUUUGGUACCUAAUGCCUAGAAAAAACCUGUAUCAAUAUACCUACAGCUCCGUCCUCUAAUGUAGAUUGCAAUAGUUGGCUAACGAAUUGUUAAUUUAAUUCCAAUACUAAUUAAUGUGUUGAAGAUUGCACUUCUGCUGAUAAUUCAUAUAUCACACAUGAAUAGUGUGAAUCUUACUACUUCAACAAAAAAUGCACUGUCAAGCUUGAUAUUAUUUAAUGUGUAGACCUUCCCCUUUCGUGUGCAUUAGCGAAGUAGAUGCAAUGUUAUUUGGAUAUAGAUGGUAACUAAUGUUAUUAUUCAAUAUUAACACAAUCUUGUUUAAUUUUAACUUGUUCAAAUUUGGAUUCAGAUUUUACUACUCAUUAAUAAUGUAACCAAAGAUUUGAAUAGUGCACAGUAAAUACUACCUUGAAUGGGUGCUAAUAAUUGAACGAUUGCAAUAGUUAUUUGAUUCAAGAACAAUGUUAUUUUGAUUAAAAUAAAAUCGAAUGCUAAUGA